CAACAAUGUUGGAAGUGACAUAUUAGCAAUUUCAAGGCCGUGAGAACUGAUUUGGUCAAAGUCUGAAUCUGACGUUGCCUUCGUAAUAAAUGUCCAUUGGAAUGACAUAGUAAAUGUUGUGCUUUGGGAUAUUUAAAUCAAUCCUUCAAAAAGUUUAGUCCUCAAUACUUCCUGUUUGUGCAGUCACAAAUUCAUCUUGAUAUCAAAACUUCUUUCUAACAUUCAAUUUACCUUGAUUUUUAUUUUUGUAAUACCUUUGUGAAUAUCCUCACCCAAACAUUUCUUCUGUUGUUAAGUGAACCAAUGGAUCACAUGAAAUUGAGACAAGUCGUCUUUAUAGAGGAUCUCGAACUGAACUGCUGAGUGAAACAUUGGAAUUAUUACUUGAUUUCAUAUCUGCUUGUGUUUGUUUUAAAUAGAGCUUCGAAUAAACUCAUCUAUGUGAUCUCCGUCAAUUACUGGGAUUAAUGGGAAGAAAGACAAUAUUUUCUUUUAUGUCGAAUGGCAAUCGCCUUCAGCAUACAGCCCUUAACCAAUGGGCGGACCGUUUCAAUGUUUUAUAUCCCUUUUGUAGAUUCCUUUAAAAUUACAUUACUGACUAAACCCGUUUUUAUAAGAAUCAUCUGUUCCAUUUGGAAUCUGAUCACUCUGCAUCGUCAGCUUUGGAUACUCAUGAGUAAUCCUCAUCCAGACGAUAAUGAAAAAAAAACACUUAGUUCAGCGAAGAGGUUCCUUUCUGCGAAUUCAUUUUCUUUAACUGUACAAUCACAUUUACAUAUAAUUUUUUCACGAAAGGGCAGCAACAAAAGUGAUGAGUUUUUAAUAUUAGUCAAUGCGUAAAAGAAGUUGAAUAAGUGUAUUGGAGUUACAUAAUAAGGUGAACAAUUUAUUGCGUGAGUUGUGAUCAGGAUGCAUAUAUAAAUGGAGGAAGAUAUGGAAUUAUGUGAGAAUUGUGAAGAAAUACAAUAGUUAUUAGGUUUUAGAAAAUCAGACACACAAACAUCAAGUCAGUGAAAAUUAGCAAGGUUGUCGCUGUGAUAGUAGAAGUGGUCGGAUAAUUUUCCUUUUUAGGAAUACCUCCGGUUUUCUCAGAUGAACAGUUAGAGCUUCAACAAUACAAAGGAGACGGAAGCGUGUCGCCUAUGGCAGGUUAUUCUUUACUUUGUAGACUACUUUGAAGGAGGCAUUUUUUGGGAUGGAAUGACCAGUACUGAAAAGGUACUCGACUGGUUACAACAAUCUUAUUUAUUCUUAAACCGUUGGGAAACCCAAUGUAGAGCUUUACUUUACUUCGCUUUACAUAGUUCACUUGUUCUGUAAAAAAAAUUGUAUACGCUUCUGAUGAGGUCCUUGAAUUAUUGAAGAACGCUACUCAAGUUAUUAUUCAUGUGGCAUUUUGAUAUGAUUCUUCCACUGUUAUUAUAUGGAAGUGUUAGUUUUUCACAAUCAGGUGCAAAUUAUUUCCUGUUGUUUUCGUGACAUUGGUAUGAUCCUUUCAUGUUCAAAUAUCCUAGAAUGUGAAUAAAGGUUUGUCAUUGUCACAAUAGGCUUAUUAUAUUAAAGCAUUUGGGAUAUUCUAGUAAUCUAAAAUGUCAAGAAAAAAUUACUACUCCAAAACAUCUGCAUUCUCCCUAUCCCUCAUACAACUGAAUAGAGUGUUAAAGCGUUAGCUAUAUCAUCCUUCUGCUCAUUGGGAAAUAUUUGUAUUUUGUUAUAACUUUAAAUUCUCAGCUUUGUUACUGCAAAUCACAUUGUUUAAUUCUAAAUUAAAUAUCUCAAUUACUUUAGGAAUAACAGUUAAAAUUGCAACCCUAUUACAAUCCCAUGCUCUAAAUAAUUUUAUUUAAUCAUACUGGACCAGUUCAGAUAACUUAAAACGCCAUUUUGUCCUUUACUCCCAAUAUAGUUUUAUAAGAAAGACGUUUUGCCAAGAUAAAAAGUGCCUUAGAUACAGUGCUCUACUUUAGAACGGUGUUUAUUAAUCUUCGUUUGUUCCUGUCUGCAUCUGUUACAGUUGCCAAAAAGUCCCUUUAUUAAAUAGCUUUCAAACAGUUAUCUCCUUUGAUAAAUCUAAAUAAGUCAUUCCAAAGGAAAAUUUCGCGAGACAGUGCUAUAUCGUAGUUUCUCUAUAAUCGCGUUACAACUGGCAAUUCAUCUAUGUAGUAGUGGGUAGUGAUUGAAGCCAAUUCUCAGGAAUGCCCAGAGGUAUAACUCACUGCUAGUUUUCCUAUGGAAUUGCUGGGAAAUACAUUUUUUUCUAGAUCUAUAUGAUUUAAUAAUUAAUUGUAUUUGAACAAUGCAAGAACUACAGUAUGCGUAUAUUGAUCGAUUGAUUUUUGUUUAAACUGAACUCUGUGCAAGUAUGUUAAAAUUGUUGUUGUAGAUACAUUUAAUAAUGUCUUUGCCAUGUAAGCAGCUGACGAGAAAGCAACGAAAUAAAAGAUGGUACCAUUUUAUUCUGCUAAAACUGUAGUUCUUGCAUUGUUCAAAUUCAUUAAGGGGAAUAAAUGUAUGAAAUUAAUUGUAUAUUUGGAAAGGAAAAUCGAUUAUUUAAAAUUAUCAUAUUAGCUAACUUAACGAUAUCUUACUGAGUCAUGUGAAUAUUUUGUAUUAUUAAGCUCUACAUAAUUUCUUAACUGUAUGAUUGUUCGGACUAUUCACUUGGGUGUGAUCACUAUUUAACAUUCUGAAGGCCAGUAAAUUUGUUUUUCUUUUUUAAUUCUAAUUUAUGGAAGAUACCGUAUAGACGUAUUCUAAGGCACUUUUAGCCAAAACAGUGAUUUAUAAUUAACAAAGGAAAUAGAAUUUUUGCUGUGUACGUCUUUUUUCUUAUGACUCAAUAUGAGAGUUUUCCGUCCAGUAAUGAUUUCACAUAAUGAAAGUCAAAUAUAUUUCACAUUAUGUAAUGAAAUGAUCUGUGACUUAGUAAAGCCAAAAUGCUUAACUACCGUUUGUAAUCGCCUAUGCUCCCAGAUGCAUGUUUUAUUCAAUAUAAUGGAAACUACUUAUCUUACAUUAAUUUUAAUGUGAAACAUUUUAAUAGGACAAUUUUAGUUUCACAUGGUUUUACUGAUUAAUGAAGUUUCUUUUUAGAUCAAUUAAAUGGACAGUAAACUAGCUGCAGCUGUAGAAGAAUGGAUGAAAUAUGAUAAGAAUGAAGUUACGCGCUCACAAAUUCAGUCAAUGAAGGAUAAAGGAGAAUGGGAUAAUUUAAAAAAGAUAUUACUCAAAAGAAUGGCUUUUGGAACUGCUGGAUUACGAGCAAAAAUGGGUCCGGGAUUUUCUCAGAUGAAUGAUUUAACAAUUAUACAAACAACUCAGGGAUUACUUAAAUAUUCACUAAAAGUAUUCUCAAAUCUAAUGUCCGAUGGAAUUAUAGUAGGUUAUGAUGCUCGCCACAAUAGCAGGAAGUGGGCGUUUAUCGUUGCUAAUGUAUUUCUUAAUGCUGCUUGCAAAGUCUACCUAUUUAGAGAUGCAUUACCAACUCCUUUGGUGGCAUUUGGCGUCACACAUUUCAAGACUUCUCUAGGUGUUAUGGUAACUGCAUCACAUAAUCCAAAGGAUGAUAACGGUUACAAGGUUUAUUGGUCAAAUGGAUGUCAGAUAACCGGUCCCCAUGACAAGGGUAUAUCAGAAUGUAUCCUUCAAAGUUUAGUUCCAUCGGAGUCGUCGUGGAAUUUGGAAUCUGUAGAGGAAAAUUCUUUAUGCAUUGAUCCAAUGCCUGGAAUUUUGGAGACCUACUGUAAACUACAAAAAAGCAAACUAUGUUUUACGGAAUCUGAAAACCAGAAAUGUCAGAUGCCUUUUGUUUAUACACCUAUGCAUGGUGUAGGUUGGGAAGCAGUCAAAGCUUUGAUUUCAGCUUUCGGUUUUCCACCGCUUAAACCAGUCCCAGAACAAAUUACUCCUGAUCCAGAAUUUCCAACUGUAGACUAUCCUAAUCCAGAGGAAGGUCGUUCUGCACUCAAUUUAGCUAUGAAACAUGCAGAUUCUAUUAAUAGUACAAUCAUUUUCGCCAAUGAUCCUGAUGCUGAUAGAUUAGCAAUAGCAGAAAAACAAACAUCUGGUCAGUGGAAAAUUUUCAACGGCAAUGAACUUGGAGCGUUAUUUGGUUGGUGGUUAGUUAUGCACUGGAUGAAAAGUAAUCCGAAAUCAAACUAUUCGAAAGCUGCAUUGCUAUCCAGUACAGUAUCAUCUAAAAUAUUAGAAACUAUUGCCAAAACUGAAGGAUUUCUCUUCGAAGAAACCCUAACAGGUUUCAAAUGGUUAGGCAAUCGGUCGCGUGAGUUGGAAUAUAAAGGUAUCAAAACAAUUUUCGCCUUCGAAGAGGCUAUAGGUUUUAUGUGUGGUGAUGUUGUCUGUGAUAAAGACGGUGUUGGAGCUCUAGCAGUAGCGGCUGAAAUGACUGCUCAUGUUUAUAAAGAAGGGAAAACUUUGGCUCGACAGUUAAGUGAUAUAUAUGAAACGUAUGGUGAACAUAUUUCUAAUAACGGUUAUUAUUUCUGUUAUGAACCAGAGAAAAUUACUCAAAUGUUCGAUCGUAUUCGUCACUGGCCCAAUAAACCUGGUCCCAAAGGUUAUCCUCAAAAAUUAGGACAAUUUAAAAUAACUGGGAUACGCGAUCUAACAGUUGGCUAUGAUGAUCACUAUCCAGAUUUCAAACCGGUUUUACCUGUCAGCGCAUCCAGUCAACAAAUUACUUUCGAUUUCUCAAAUGGUGUGACAUUAACAAUUCGUACAAGUGGAACUGAACCGAAAAUUAAGUACUAUUCUGAGAUGAGAUCGAAACCUAGAAGCAAAACACUUUAUCAGUCUUUGGAAAAUGAACUUCAAGAACUUGUGAAUAAAAUGAUUGAAGAAUUUUAUCAACCUGAAAAAAAUGGCUUUCUACCUCGGGUGGAAUAAAUUUGUCAGCUUAUAUGUUAUCAUUUCGUUUUGAUUUUAUUUACAAAGCCUCAAAUCUUGUGGGUUUGCUUUUUUGAUGUCUUUUCCUACCAUUUCUCAGUUUUUUUUAUUGAUUAAUUCACAAAUUUAUUUGUAACUAUUGGAUGAUAAAUAUUAAUGUCUAGUUUAAUCUCUUCUCUUCUGUUUUUUAUUGAUUUCAUUAAUUUUAUCUGAUUUUUCUCUCUCUCUUCAUAUGAAGAAAUAAGCAUACUGUCCAACAGAGAUCUGUGACAUUCCUGAUUUCUCUGUGGCCUGGUUAUCUCUAUGCUCCUGAGAAUAAAUCUAGUUCAGGAAGAAGAAUAAUGUUCAACUUUACUUGUGGGGAUUUUUAAAAAAUAAAGUGCUAUAGUUUUCAGUUUUGUAGUAAUUUACUGUAAUGCUUAUUGUUACUGAAGUCUUUUCAGUUUUUUGUUGAUUACCGGAUAAGAGUGAAUAAAUGUAAUGUGUCACAAACAAUAACAAUACAUUGGUUCAGUCAACCAAUGUUUGUAACAAUAUAAUCAGAAUGAAGAAAUGCGAAUAAUAUGCAAACAAGACAGAAAACGAAGUUAAUUUUGGUAUAAAGGUGGGAAAAGUCAACAUUAAUCUGAUCGAUUUUGAGCUGUAUUACCUUAACUCUGCAGUCACUGAAUUACUAUAUUCCUGAUAAUCAGUGAAAAUUCAAAAUCUGGUGUAUUA